AUGUACGACCUCGAGCACCAGUACCGGGAGCACGAGGACCAGGCCAAGUGCAACACGGACUUCCACUCCGUCGCCAAGGCCGACACGCACAUCCACGCGUCCGCGAUGAUGACGGCCGUGCAGCUCGACCAGUUCAUGCGCCGCAUCUACGAGCGCGACCGCGACCGGCCGCUGGACGACAAGGGCAAGACGGUGGGCUCCGCCAUGCGCGGCGCGGGCUUCCAGACCAAGGGCGAGCACAACGCGGAGUCCUUGAACGUGCAGGCGAGCUACCGCAUGUUCGGCAACUUCAAGAACUUCAACGCGGCCUUCACGCCCCUCGGCAGCCGCGAGCUCAAGUCGUUGUUCAUGGGCUACGAGGCCCUCGAGGGCGAGUACCUCGCGGCCAUGGUCCGCGAAUGCGCGGGCGUCGCGCACGAGGGCGCGGGCGCGUUCCUCGAGCCGCGCUUCUCCAUCUACGGCCGCAAGCCGAGCGAGUGGAAGACCUUCGCGAGAUGGGUGCGCCGCUGGCAGGUCGACGAGAUGCCCGGCGUCUUGAUCGCGAUCCAGCUGCCGCGCGUCUACCCGGUCUGGCGCCGCAUGGGCGCAGUGACGUCGUUCGGAGGCAUGCUCCGCAACUUCUGGGGGCCGCUGUUCGAGGCGGCGCUGUCCGACGAGGACGACGACGUCAAGUGGCUUUUGGACAAGAUCCGCGUCAUCGACACGGUCGACGACGAGUCCAUCGAGGACCACCCGGACCUCGCGGGGCUCUGCGGCGCGGACGACUGGACGUCGGAGAAGAAUCCGCCCUACGGCUACUACGCGUACUACAUGCACGAGAAUGUGGCGCGGCUCAACGCGCUCCUGCGGGCGAGGAAGCUCCGGUCGAGCCCGCUGACCUUCAAGCCCCACGCGGGCGAGGCGGGGCCCGCGGACCACUUGGCGACCGCGUUCCUCUUCAGCGACGGCGUGUCGCACGGCAUCAAUCUGGAGACGCAGCAGGAGGCCGUCGCGCUCCAGUACCUCUACUACGCGGCGCAGGUGCCCAUCGGCGUGUCGCCCAUCUCCAACUCCGUGCUCUUCCUGAAGUACGCGCAGAACCCGUUCCCGACGCUCUUCAAGCGCGGCCUCUGCGUCGCGCUCACGACGGACGACCCGCUCAUGUUCCACACGACGCCGACGCCCCUCCUCGAGGAGUACGCGACGGCGCGCCACGCCUUCGCGCUGAGCUCCGUGGACAUGUGCGAGAUCGCGCGCAACUCGUGCGUCGCGGCCUUCAGCGACGAGGAGCGCAUGGACCUCCACAACGACGAGAACCCGGACUGCACGAACGUGCCCGCGUGCCGCCUGAACUUCCGCCAGGCCACGCUCCAGGGCGAGCUCGACCUCCUCGCCGCGCGCGGCGGGGCCCUCUAG